GCAUGCCUCUAUUUCUGCCCCAUUAUUUCGCUCCUGCAGUUUGGCUGCCCUGGUUAUGGCUCUGAUUACCCCUCAGUGAUUUGAGUUCCUGCAUUGAGCCAGAAAUGCAAUCACUAGCUAGCCCAUAAAGGUACAUAUAACAUUUAUAAAAAGCUGAUACAAUUGUCUUUGACUAUUCCAUGUGUUCAUAUUAUCUGUCACAUCUCCGCAUAACAGUCUUUGAAUGUUCCAUGCUUCUAGAGCAUUGUAUCCAUCACUAUUUCCUUGAACUAAAAUAUCCCCUACUAUAGAAUGGCCAUUGCAGGAAGCAAGGUGGGCUGCCAUGGCAGAGAUGCAGUGUUGCUUGUAUUGAAUGAAGAAGGCCAGUAUGGUUAUGUAUUAUAAAGUGCAGUUUGGCUUGCUUGCUGGAGAAGAAGGUGAAGGCUUGAACAGCAACCUCUCCUGACCACUAACCAGAGAAGAAUGAGAAUGAAAAAUUCCUGGCCCAAGUUUCAAGGCCUAAACUAAUGCUCACAGUUGACUUCAACUACCCAGCUAUCUUUUAGAAGUGCAACGCCUGACAACAUGGCCAUAGAAACGGGGGAAAGUAGCUGCCCCACCAGGGGCAAGUCAGACGCUGAAGAUGGCUCUGGUCGGGUGAUCACCAUUGUCUUCCUGGCACUCCUUAUAGACCUGCUGGGAUUCACUCUCAUUUUGCCACUCCUUCCUUCAAUCCUUGAGUAUUACAGCAAGAAUGAUGAUGGUUUCUAUCUAUCACUUCAGCAUGGCGUGGACUGGUUUGCUGCAGUGGUUGGGGUACCUCUGGAGAGGAAGUACAACACUGUCUUGUUUGGAGGUCUGAUUGGCUCCAUCUUUUCCAUCCUGCAGUUUUUUUCCUCUCCGCUCACGGGUGCUGCGUCUGACUGCUUGGGGAGAAGGCCGAUCAUGUUGUUGACAGUGGUGGGGUUGAUAGCAUCGUAUGCACUCUGGGCUAUCUCUAGGAGUUUUGGUAUUUUUCUUCUCUCUAGAGUCCUAGGUGGAAUAAGUAAAGGGAAUGUCAGCCUGUCCACUGCUGUAAUUGCUGACCUGCACUCUCCAAAAACUAGGAGCAAGGGCAUGGCAAUGAUUGGUGUUGCUUUCUCACUUGGAUUUACCGUGGGGCCUAUGAUUGGAGCUUACCUUGCCAUGGAAACAGGGAAAGGAGAAGUCUUCUAUCUUCGGUCAGCUUUGCUUGCGCUCAUGUUUGCUGUUGCUGACUUAAUUUUCAUCUUCUUCCUGCUUCCGGAGACACUCCCCAAAGAAAAACGGGUAUCCUCCAUGAUGUGUGGAUUUCAGGCAGGGAUUGACUUGCUUAGUCCGCUGGCUUUGUUUCAGUUCUCUGCAGUCACCAGAGGAAAGGACUCACCUUCGAGGCAGAACCUUCAGAAUCUCAAGGUCCUGGGCCUAGUUUAUUUCCUCUAUCUCUUCCUGUUUUCUGGUCUUGAAUACACAUUGAGUUUUCUCACCCAUCAGCGAUUCCAGUUCAGCAGUAUGCAGCAGGGCAAGAUGUUUUUCUUUAUUGGGAUGACAAUGGCUGUGAUCCAGGGAGGCUACACUCGCCGAAUCAGACCAGGAUGUGAAAUCAAAGCCGUAAAAAGGGCUAUAAUGCUGCUGAUUCCAGCUUUCAUGUUAAUUGGAUGGGCUGGUAACGCGACGGUGCUGAGCGCUGGACUGUUGCUCUAUUCUUUCGCCGCUGCCAUUGUUGUUCCUUGUUUGUCAGCAGUGGUGUCAGGCUAUGGCUCAGCCAGCCAGAAGGGAACAGUAAUGGGAAUUCUGAGGAGCCUGGGGGCCCUAGCAAGAGCUCUGGGACCAAUCUUGUCAGCAGCAGUUUAUUGGCUGGCAGGAGCUGAGGUUUGCUUCACUGUUUGUGCAGUUUUGUUCCUGCUUCCCCUCAUUCUUCUUGGUUACAUGAAGCAGCAAACAAAGGAGGAAUAACCAAAGAGUGGAGCAACAUUAUGGCUAUUACAGAACUACUCAUGUCCAGGGGACUUCUAAAAUGGUGGAGAGUCAGCUGGAAAGAAGCAAUUUAAAAUGGAACAACACUGUGUUUUGAUUUGCUGGAAGGCCAACUCAAAUUCCAUUAUGCAAUACUCACCAGCAUAUACACCAUUGUCACAAAAUUGUUUUUUCUUACACACACCCCCUAAUUCUCAAGGAGAUGGAAACCCAGCUGAAGUUAUUCUCUCCAGCACUGCCUGUGAGCCAGUUUGACUAGGUUUGAGAUCAGAAGUAUCUGAUGCAAGUGUGUGUCAUUCAGCAAAUUGUAUUCCUGCUACAUCAAAUGGUGAGAUCAUGCCAGCUAUAUGGGCAGAAAAAGGUUGAAUUCAGCAAGCUGAGACUCACUCCACAACAGAAUUUCGUGCUUAAAUUAACUACAGUUCCCAACCAGAUGCAGCAUAUAAAACACCAUAAUUUCUCACAGACUCAUGUGCACAGUAUAACGUUUUUUACAUAUCCUUCCUGUGCCCUUUUCAUUUUAAUCACUGGCUGCUCAUUCGGCUGCUCUGACAGAACAUGGAUUAGCAAAGUUUUCAGGCAGCUACAUAAUGGGGAAAUUGAUCAAGACCCUAGCCACCUGAAUUGGUUCAUGGUGAGAAAAUACAACCCCUCCCCCAUUUUGUGAGGGUCAUAUUGAGAUUAUUUUGCCAAACCCUUUGCACAGCCCCCUUUAGUGGAAUUUGUAUCUAGUGCCUUAAGCUAUGGGUGGUUUUUUUGUGGGGGGAGGAGUUGGUAUCCUGAGUUUCAUAAGACCUGAGAGAGCCCGCUAUCAAUCUUGACUCUAUUCCUACGGUUUUGCUAAGGGAUCAUAAAUGAACAGGUGGCCUGACUGUUAUAUACAAUAGCAUUGGAAAAGUGUGUUAGCUACAUUUUAUACUCCUAAUAUUUUGUGUAACAGGUUUUUCAGUACUGAGCAUUUACCAAAUAUUUGUAUUUUGCACUACAAACAGUUCAUUGCAAACUGGUCUACUGCAGUUAGUAAGAUGCACCAUAAUAAGAUGCAUAUUUUUAGAUUGUCCUUUUGUUAGUCAAUCAUUGGCCUACAUAAAGCUCUAGCUGACUGCACAGGAAUGCGGGGGGGGGGGUCUCCCUGUGUUCAACUUCAUGUUGGCGUGCAAUAUGCUAAGGCCAUUAAUAAAGGAGAAGUGAGACCUUUUUGUUUUGUCUUAACUCACAGUUCUUAGCCUGUUGCUUAGGUAACCCCAAAAGGUUUAAUUAGGGCUUGUUUCCACUGCAAAAUUAUACUCAUUGGUCACUAUUGUAAAGAACCUGAUUAACUGGCACAAUGCUGACCAUGAUUUGCCCUUGUCUACAUGGGCUUCUGUGUUAUGGUCAGCUGCAUGUUAGUUAACUUGAUUGUUCAAACAAGGAAAAACUUAAGUGUAGAACAACCCCAUCCAUUUAGGAAAGUAACCAGAGGUUUAGAAAGUGUGUCCUUCUUGCUUCUCGGUUUCUCCAUGUGCCAUCUCAAUCACUGCAACCAGAGCUAUCCACUAAUAGGUCUGUCAUCUUCUGCUUGUCUUGCACAGGUGAUGGGAUGAAAGAGACCUAGUGGGUCACUCUGUCCAAGUACAGUCACUUCAGAGAUGGUUUCCUAACCCUACUUCCCCAUCAGAUACCUUAGUUUUUGUCAAACCCAAUGGGAGCCCAGGCCAUAUGGUAAGACUAACUGUGAUCUUAAAAAUGUUGUAGGCAAUGAAGGUUUCUGUGGUAUACAGUGUAUUCUGGGCUCAUCUGUGACUCAGAAGUCCACAGUUCCCUAAGUUUGACAGUAGAGAAGCUCACUCCUAAAGGAUAUCAAAGUAGAAAAACCUGAGACACACAAGUGCCUGGGUGGAGGUGGUGUACUUAUUUGUACCUUAAAGAUUUGGGUCUAUCAGGCUCUUGUUUUGCCCAAUUUUGCUCACCCUCAUAAACAACUCAUGGGAAGAGUGGGAUUGCUUUAGCAUGGGAGUGGGACAGUGAGGACCUGAUUCCUUAUCAGUGGAGUAGUUUCUACUCCGUCUUGCACAUCACUGUGCAGUCUGCUUGGCUUUAACACAUAAAUUAGUGAAAAAACAUGGUAGACAGUUGAUCUCUCUGUAAGUAACAUAACACACAUAUCUUUCAUUCUGAAGGAAACUGAAGCACUUCAGACUGCAUAUAGAAGGAUCCUUGGAAUAUAGCCACCAGGGAGAAUGCCAGCUAGUCUACUUCCUUAACACUACACAACCAUUUUUAGUAGGGGAUGUGAAGAAUAGCUUGGCCAGUGGAGGCAAGGGAACAUUUAGAUGGGCUAAAUGUUACCCAAGUGAGAAUUUAGGUUACAUAACGCUACUUAUGAGUAGGGAUGUUAGUUCUAAGGGAAUUUUGAUGACAAUAAGCAGUGAUGGCCAGUCUUUCUUCAAGAUCUUCAGAAACACACUGACCCAUAGCAGGGCAUUGGUUCAAUACAGUUUCAGAGGAAAGAGUGCCACCUACAUUACAUCCUAACACACUUGAGUUAUUCUCAAGUGUCUCCCAUCCAAGGCCUGACAGUGCUUAGCUUGACUUCUGACAAGAUCAUAGCCUGAAGUGGUGCUAUUGCAGACAUAAAACUUGAACCGGUAAAUGAAUAAUAUGUGAACCCAAACCAAUAUGAGAGGCGCCCCAAACACAUACUGCACCUGCUCAAGGAACAGAACUUUAGGUACCAAAAUGAAUCUUCUGCUAGGUUUUACACUCUUAUGUAAUAUAGGAAACACAAGAACUCUCUGGAUUACUUUGAAGUGUUUUAAGACUCACUUUUAUUAAAUGUCUCAAUUUGAGCUUUUUUUUUUUUUUUUUUAUCAUUUCCUAUUAUGCAGGUUUUAUUCCAUUUUUUUUUAAUAGCCCCGGAAAAAGGUUUCUGCAGCUUCUUGUUUGUCCCAAAAUUUUAUUUUGUAUUCCUAGAGCCUUGGUUAAAAACAGAAUUAGUGACUUUCACUAAAAUAGUAUUCCUAGUAAAGCCUAAAGAGUGAUUGAUAAAGGCAGAACAUUUUCCCCCUGCCUUGGAAAAUAACAAAUUCUAAAGGACAUGAGGAUACUAUGUUGCUUGUGAAUCUACUCAGAAAGUAGAAAAUGUAAAUUUACAAGUGUGAAAAGCAGCUGUGCCCUCCCCCUGGCAUUUCAGCAAACUAUGUGGCAUUUGUUCAGAGAUUUCAAACCUCCAAACUACUGCAUAUAGACUGAGCAUGAACUUAAUAUAAAGAAUGAACCAAGCAGUGAUCCCCUGUUUAAUGAAUGAGACUUCAAAUGAGGAUUCUUAGCUUUUUCACCUGAGCACAUAUUCCACCCUAGCUUUAAGGACAACAGUUUAAUGAACAAGGUUAAUCUAGUAGGUUGUUAAAGUAGGCAGAAUUAUGCCAACCUGGAAGUGACCAGUGAUCCUCCUGUUGCUCUCAGCGACACCAAAUCCUCCAGAAGGACACUAACUGCAACACAAAGGAGGCUUUUUGUAUUCUGUCUACAUGUUCCCUCAAUUAAUGUUCAGAGACGGAUCGCUUUUAAUGCUUGUCUCCGCUGCUUACUGUUACAGUCUCUGGCCAGAACAUUAGACAUCACAGUCUGGUCUGAAACUUUAACAGCAACUAGUUUACUAUAACAAAAUCCUAGGUACUUUUCUCAAGAAUUUUUUUUUACCCAGUCAAUUAAAAUGGUUUGAACACUAUUCCCUAAGAGAUUCUGGAAACUAAAACUGUACAACAGCUUUCAAAACAGACGGAAAAAAACUUACUCUUUUAAAGAAGAAUUUUAUUUGUGAGUAAAACUUAAUGAUACAACAAAGAAAGAAAAAUACAUGACUGUUUUCCCGCCACAGUGUGUAACCAUACCUUACACAGCUAGAUUUCAUAGUGUAAUACAAAGAAUUGAAAGAACAAACUACAAAAUUAGAAUCAAAAUCAUUGCAUAUGUGGUCAAAGAUAAAAGGGAGGACUCCAUUAUUAACUGAAACAUGUAGCAAUUGCUUAGUAAUGUAGUUAUGACCCUAGCAAUAAAACACAAUUUAGCAAAGUAAGAUAAGUACUGUAUGCUUCCUAGUAUACAGAGGACAUAAAAGGUUAGAAUACAAGCUCAAAGCCGUUAGCGCCAUGCAGUCCUUACUAGACAUUAUUGUUUAGGUGUCACUCUGAAGCAGUGAUUUGCUGUUGCAUCUAAUUCCACCCUACUCUACGUAUUCCAAAACAGAAGUCUCAUUUCUGGUGUGUUAAUUACUGCCACUAAACCUUUUCCUCCUCACCUGACAGUGCUAUUGUCAUAUCUUGUAAAUUUGUUUUCCUUUUACCACUUGAAUUUGGUCCAAGUUUUCAAUGCAUCUGAGGCCUAAUAUAGGCUUUAUUUUUGCACUAAAGCUGAACCUGUUCUACUACUCCAGUGGUCUCCAAAGAGGGGUGCGCCAGAGAAUCCUAGGGGGUGCACAGCAGGAGGAGCGCCACCGUACGGCACUCCACCAUUUUUUUUCUUCGGCAGCAGCUCUGCACGCCUGCGGCAGGUCUUUCCUCCUCCUUUCUUCGGCGGCAUGCCUGCGGUGAGUCUUCCCCUCUCCUUUCUUCAGCAGCACCGUGGGGGUGCGCGAUCCAAAAACUUUGGAGACCACUGUACUACUCAAUGCUUUCAUACUGCACAAAUUGCAAGGCAUUUACUGUCUGCUAUUUUUCUCACUAUAAAACAGGUAUUUUAUAUAAUCUUAUACAAUACAUCCAUUAUUGAAUUUCAUUUUAGUUAUAGUCAUUGCAUGUAAGCCAACUUUUUCCUUUCAUGGAGAAAUCUUUGAACAUUUUCUGCUGUUACAAAUAGAAAUGUGUCAUUUGAACACUGACACUUGGAGCAUCUUGGUUUAUAACUGGGGUGAAUUCAUUAAGGUUUCUGGAAAGUUCACGUGUGCAACAAAUGAAAAUGU